AAUUCCUCCGAGAAAAUUUGGAAAUAUUAAUUAUCAAAUACUUAAUUGUGCCAAGUCUAACUACGAAGACGCACUCUAUAUCCUUUCUUACCUGAUCCCAUGGCCUUGCCUACUCUUCUUCUCUUCCGUACAAGAAGUCUAGUGCUUAAUACCUUAUGUAAUAUGCCUGUAAUAAUAUAAUAAGAAGCAAGAGCAUGGGAAAAUCAAUUUCUGGCUUUAUAAUUCUCUUUGUUCAUACAUUUCUAUUGAUUUCUGCCAUAAGAGCAUCUACAGAUACUCUUACUCCUGGUCAGUCCAUUCGAGAUGGAGAUCUUUUAGUCUCAGCAGAUGGAAGUUUUGAACUGGGAUUUUUUAGGCCAGGUAUUUCAAAAGGUCGAUACUUGGGGAUAUGGUACCAAAAAAUAUCUGCAGGGACUGUUGUUUGGGUAGCCAACAGAGAAACACCACUCAAUGAUAGCUCAGGAGCUUUGAUUGUCACUGACCAAGGCAUUCUUAUUCUUCUUAAUAGCUCUAAGGAUGCUAUUUGGUCUUCCAAUGCUUCCAGAACUGCCCAGAACCCAGUCAUGAAGCUCCUGGAUUCUGGCAAUCUUGUUGUAAAAGACAUAAAUGACAAAUCGGAGAACUUUUUGUGGCAGAGUUUUGAUUAUCCAGGUGACACCUUACUUCCAGGCAUGAAGUGGGGAAGAAAUAUGGUAACUGGUCUCGAUAGGUAUUUAUCAUCAUGGAAGAGUUCAAAUGACCCUGUUCAAGGAGAAUUCACAUUUCGUAUAGAUCCUCGAGGGAAUGCACAAAUGUUGCUUAUGAGAGGGCCUAAAAUACUUUAUCGAACAGGAACAUGGAAUGGCUACAGAUGGACAGGAACUCCUCAACUGGGACCUAAUAUGUUAUACACAUACGGAUUCAUUUCAACUGCAACAGAGAUGUAUUACAAGUUUGAUCUGAUAAACAGUUCAGUCGCAUCCAGAAUUGUGAUGAACAGUUCAGGUUUAGCACAGCGCUUCACAUGGAUCACUCGAACAAAUAGUUGGACUCCUUUCUCUGCAGUUCUUCUCGACCAGUGUGAUGAUUAUGCUUUGUGUGGUGCCUAUGGAAGUUGCAACGUCAAUAAACAACCUGUUUGUGCAUGCUUGGAAGGGUUCAUACCCAAAUCUCCAAAAGAUUGGAGUAUACAAGAGUGGUCUGACGGAUGUGUUAGAAGGACUAAACUAGAUUGCGAUAAAGGAGAUCGAUUUCUGCAGCAAGGGGGAGUGAAAUUGCCAGACAUGAUCAAAUCCUGGGUGGAUACUAGCAAAGGCCUCAAGGAAUGUGAGGAUUUAUGUUUGAAGAACUGCUCCUGUGUGGCUUAUGCAAAUUCAGAUAUUAGAGGAGGAGGGAGUGGCUGCUUGCUUUGGUUCGACGAGCUGAUUGACACAAGAGAACUCACUACAGGCGGGCAAGAUCUCUAUAUACGAAUAGCUGCUUCGGACCUGUAUAAUAUUGAAAAAAACAGAAGCUCCGACAAGAAGCAAGUGGGAAUAAUAGUUGGCACCAUAAUUACCAUCGUGGGAGUCCUCGUACUAGCAUUUACCCUGUAUGCAAGGAGAAAGAAACUUAGAAAGCAAGCAAACAUGAAAACCAGCCACCUGCAGAAUUACGAAGAUGAAGAUCAGAGGAAAGAAGACAUUGAGUUGCCAACAUUUGAUCUUAGCGCUAUAGCAAAUGCCACAGAUAACUUUUCAAGCCGGAAUAAGCUGGGAGAAGGUGGUUUUGGAUCUGUAUACAAGGGAACGUUGAUAGAAGGGCAAGAAGUAGCAGUGAAGAGGCUCUCAAAGAAUUCAGGACAAGGGCUUACAGAGUUCAAAAAUGAAGUUAUAUUGAUUGCUAAACUCCAGCAUCGCAAUCUUGUAAAGCUUCUUGGUUGCUGUAUUGAGGGAGAUGAACGAAUAUUAAUUUAUGAAUACAUGCCGAAUAAAAGCUUGGACUACUUCAUUUUCGAUAAAAAAACUAGAAAUUCAUCAGAUUGGCGCAUUUGGAUCAAUAUUGUUGGCGGAAUUGCUAGAGGGCUUCUUUAUCUUCAUCAAGACUCUAGGUUGAGGAUUAUCCAUAGGGAUCUCAAGGCCGGCAAUGUGCUACUAGAUAAUGGUAUGAACCCGAAAAUUUCAGAUUUUGGUUUGGCCAGAACAUUUGGGGGGGAUCAAACAGAGGCCAACACAAACAAAAUUGUGGGAACAUAUGGCUAUAUGUCUCCUGAAUACGCAGUUGAUGGGUUCUUCUCAGUUAAAUCAGAUGUCUUCAGCUUCGGUGUUUUAGUACUUGAGAUAGUCAGUGGGAAGAAAAACAGAGGUUUUAACCAUCCUGAUCAUCACCACAACCUCCUUGGACAUGCAUGGAGAUUAUGGAAUGAAGGGAGGCCUCUGGAGCUAAUCAAUGAACCAGAACAAGAUUCUUGUACUUUAUCUGAAAUUUUAAGAUGCAUUCAUGUGGGCCUUUUAUGUGUUCAGAAACGACCUGAAGACAGGCCAAACAUGUCAUCUGUGAUUGUAAUGUUGAGCAGUGGGAUUUCGUUGCCUCAACCAAAGCAACCAGGUUUUUUCACAGAAAGGAAUCUACCUGAAGGAGAGUCUUCAUCAAGCAACCAAAAAUCAUUUUCCACAAAUGAAAUCACUGUUUCAUUUCUGGGACCACGGUAGAAGAUCAUCGCUUGCUAGACUAAUGGAAAUGUUUCUUGUGCAAACAUCUUUUAUUGGACUGAGAAAUGUUAUAGCAUGAUAGUGUGUACCCUAGAGAUGUUUUUGUGCAGAAAUUCCUAGUUUGAUAUCAUUUCCAUUUUCUAUUUUCUUUUUCA